AUUUUGCGCUCACAACUCACAUUUCUUGGCUCGUCGGACUUUAAAGUGCUUCAAUAUUUCAACAUUUUAUUAAUUGUGGGCCAAAAAAAUAUAAAAAUUAGGAAUACAAACGUACAACAUUAGAAAUAAGUUAAAAUUUAAUAGCUCGAAUAGCUAAGAUGGCACAAAAUGCACCAUCCUCGGUAGAUGUACAGGAUAUACAAUUUAAGUUACAUGGAAAAUUUCCAUUGUUUCCCGAAACAAAAGAAUCCAAAAGCUUGGUUAGUUUGUUGGCUGUGUCAUCGACAAAGGGUUUGCUUUUUGCCGGUAAUCCAAAUGCAAGAGAACUAAAAGUCGUAAAAAUUAAAGAUGCCGUGGAUGCAAAGUCCCCCAAAGAUCUUCCAGUACGGGUUGUACCCUUGUCCGGUGAACCCAAGGCUGUGGCCUGCAGUUGUGAUGGUUCAAUGCUUGCUGUCAACUAUAUGUUGAACAACACGGGAUUUCUUCAAAUAUACCCAGUUGAUUGUUUUGUGACAACGUCCAUUAAUGCCUCUUACAAUGUUCCCAUCUCUCCUGAGAGUUAUGUUUUCGCCCUACAGUUGUUGUGGAACCCAGUCAUAGCCAAUAAUAUAGCCUUGAUUUUAAGCGAUGGCUCUGUUGCCAUGUUUACCCUAAACUCUGGAGGCCAAUAUGACAAAGUAACAUUGGGUAAAGAAAAUCAAGUAAAAUCAGGUUGCUGGUCACCCAAAGGAAAACAAAUAGUACUGGGCUUUGCCGAAGGCAAAUUGCAACAAUUCAAACCUAAUUUACAACCCGCUCGUGCCAUACCUUGUCCGCCUGGCGUACAUCCGGGACCAUUUGAUUGCAUUGCAGUGCAUUGGUUGUCAACAUUCCAGUUUGCUGUAAUAUUUCUACAAAGAGGCGAGGAUAUGUGCCCUUCUUUGUUUAUAGUUAAUGCACCGAAGGCUGGUGGUCCCUCGUACAUAAACUACUACGAUGUUUGCUAUAGCGCAUCGGGACCUCGCACACAACAGUUGACAUUCAAUCACAUAGCUCCUUGGAAUCUACUGCUUGUGUCUUCAGCCAAUGGCGUCGAAGUUGGUGUACUGGGCACCAAAGAGUCGGGAGAAAAUCCCACUUGGAUUCAAUAUACCCUAUUGGAUGAGGCUCGCAUAGAAAUGCCUUUGACCGAAUCAAAAGAUGAAACAUUUCCCAUGGGAUUUGUUUACGACACAUCAUCAGCGCAUCAAGUAAAAAUGGGUGAAAAGGCAUUGCCAGUUAUGCCCAUGAUACAUGUGCUCUCCACUCAUGGUCAUUUGGUGUCGUUUAACUUUUUAAAUCUGUCACCUAAUUGUGUAGAUGUUUGUUCGCCACCACCACCACUCAAUGAUAUGUCUGGACAAUUUAGACCCUUGCAUGAAAGUAUGGCAGCUGGUGUUGAAGUGGAAAAUCGUCAGAAGCCCCCUGAAAAUGCAGCAGGUGGAAGUGCAACGGCCAUAGGAAUGGGAGCUGGUGGUGGAAUGGGAGAUAUGACGUUUACAUUGGGAUCCAGUAUGGUUACAUCAACGCCGGCAAUUAAAGACAAACCUGUACCAAUGUUUGGUGGUCUGGCCUCGGGUACAGCAAAACCUGGUAACAUGGGAUUUGGUUUUGGAGCUGCAGCAGCAGCACCGCCACCAACUUCAGCAGCCUCUAUAGCAAAUAAACCUGGAAUAGGUUUUGGAUUGGGUGGUUCCAGCCUAGCGGCUCAGUCAACAGCACCUACAGGUUUUGGAGCACAAACAACAGCUACUGCAUUUGGAGCACAAACAACAGCUACCGCAUUUGGAGGAUUUGGAACAAAUCAAAAUUUUGGAGUCAAAGAUACGGAAAAAGCAGCAGCUGCCACUACAACUGCUGCAAUGUCAGCCUCUAAUGCUCCUAAAAAUACUGACGCCAAUAAACCCUUAUACACGGUGCCACCAACUUUUAAACCCCCUGCUGUAGUGCAACCAACAAAGUCGGCCGCAAUUGCACCUCAACUUAAUAUGAAUGCAGGAGAAAUCGAUGAAUUGGUUAAACAAAUGAUUGCCAUACAAAUUGAGGCCUUCGAAACGGAAAUUAGACACAUACAGCAGCAAUCUAAAAAGCUGAUAGACAAUAUUGGCUCUCCAGAGGAAAUAAAAUCCUAUACCAAACACCUAAAUGAUCUUCAAGAGAUAAUAGAACAAGCCGAUGAUCACGAAUUUGAACAGGAUGUACAAAGUUUAAGGCAUUCCAUGAAUGAGUCAUAUGCUAUGCUGGCAGAAUGUCGAACGAAAUUGGAUAUGUUCAAUAAUCCCAAUCUUUCUCGAUUGACCACAGCCUGUACUACAGAUCCCACCAGCCGACGUCAAUUGGCAAAAUUGCAGGCCUAUUUGGCCACUAAUCAAACACAGUUGAAUCAAGUCAAUCAAUUGAUAGAUGCCCAAUGGACCCAGUAUCAGGAUAUUGUUCGUCGUAAUACCAAAAAUCAAAUGCAUAUACCCUGUUUGGAUGGCAUCUAUCAACGCAUGUCCAAAUUGAAAGAUAUGUUGUCGCGGCAACGUACCAAAAUGAAUCACAUUAAAAGUAAAUUGAAACAAAAGGGUCUGAAUUAUAAGCCAGCCGAUGAUACAGAUGCCGUAACAACUAUGGCCGUGGGAGCUUUGACCAAAAACCAAAACACCAUGGAAUCUUUGGCCGAUUCCAUACUUUCCAUGAGCCUUUCCCAAGUGGUUUCCCAAACACAUGCCAAACUUUCGGAGAAUAAAAUGAAUGCCAUACGUAACUUUACGAGGCAACAACAGCAGAUAACCAUAAUCAAACCUAAGAGGCCGGAACGCAUUGGCUUAAAGUCGGAAGUGAUUUUAGAAACCAAACUAAAAACCGAGCGAAAGCAAAAGGAAAUGGUGAAGGAAAAACAAGUGCAGAAGCAGCAACAGCACCAUCAACAAAGUCAAUUUUCCAUUUCCAAGCCAUCAAUGCCAUCUCAACAAUUACCCAACAUACAAACAGCAGCACAACAGCCGCAACAAACCUUUUUGGCCAAGCCCACGGCCUCGAAACCUCCCAUGUUGCCAACUACCAGUCAGCCGGCAUCUUUUAUAACACCCACUACAGGGGCACCAAGUGCCCUUUCAUUUGGCAAUCAACAGAGUUCAUUUGUGAAAACUUCAACUUCAAUUUCAAGUGCCAAAUUAGAUGAUUCCACGAAAUUUGUGGCACCCUCUUCCGCCUCCUUUGCAGCGUUUGGUGGUUCAAGCAACCUUACUUUUGGCCAAAGCAAACCAAACACAUCCAAUGUAGAAGGCAAGGAAAAUCAACCAACACAAGCCACAAUGCCCAUUUCCUUUUCAGCCAAAGUUAUAGGAGGCAAUGAUGCCAAAGCUCCUCUGGCCAAUUUGGGCAAUAAAACCUUUAACAUCGCCAACAACACCAAUGAAGCAAGCACAACAAAUCAAGGAUUUGCUGCCUUGGGAGCGAUUGGUACUACUGCAGAGAAGGAUAUUAAAAAGAAAGAAGAAGCCUCCAAAACCUUUAGUUUUGGUGGAGUUGCAGCUGCUGCUGCUGAAACAGCGGCCAGCUCUGAACCUGCAGCAACAACUACUACAACAUCCUUUGGAGGUUUUGGCACGCUGGGAAAGACUUCCAGUGCCAUUGGUGGUGCUUCACCAGUGGUAUCUUCCUCCUCUGGAGGUGGCAUAUUUUCUUCUUCAUUAUUUGGCUCGACCACUCCCUUUGCCUCCUUGGCAACAUCGUCGGCAGCACCCUUUGGAAAUGCUUCUACAACAUUUAGUUUCAAUAGCGCUUCAACUGCAGCAGCAGCAGCAACCACAACGACAACAAAAACCGCUAACACCACUCCCUUGGUCACCACAAAAGCACAGAAUGAAGCAACGGCAGCAACAGCAGCGGAAGCCACAAAAUCGAAUGAAACAAAAACUUCAGCUGAAGGGCAAACCAAAGGCCUUUCCACCGCUGGCACCACAACCACGGGAAGCUUUAGUUUUGGCGGCAUGAGUAUAAGCGGAGCAACCUCCAAACCCAUUGCGUCAACUGCUACAACUACUCCUAGUAGUACGGCUCCUCCAAAUGUUACCAUAACCUCAUCGGGUAUAGCAAGUGCAGCAACAAUGGCAGCACCAAAACCUUCUACAACUACCUCGUCUGCCACCACCACGGAUACGGCUGAUUCCCUAUUCGGUACGUUGAACAUAUGCAAGCCAAAUACCAAGGAAACGAGUGAGGCAAACAAGACGCCUGGUAAUAUAUUCUCUGGCUUUGGGACAACCACAUCCACAGCUCCAGCUACAACACCUUUCCCCUUCAUCACCGGUGGUAAGGCUGGAGGAGAUGAGACUACACCAUUUUCGGUCUCAGCUACCACAGCAGCAACUCCAGCAUUUGGUUCCACAACAACGGCAAAUGUUUUUGGAAAACCCUCCUCGACCACAGAAACUAUUUCUUCUACUACAACUGCAACUGCUGCUGCAGCCCCUGCUACUACUACAACAGCCAUGACAGCAACUGCUGCCACUACUUCUGCCACCACAACAACAACUUCCGCUUUCUCUUUCGGCUCUGUGGCAACCCCCACCACUGCCACAAAUGCUUCGACCAUCUUUGGCUCAAUGUCAUCUACACCAACUGCAACCACAGCUUCUGGCAAUGUUUUCAGUGGUGCCGGAACGGCAACCUCGAUAUUUGCUCAAGCUGCUGCAGCUACUUCAACAUCUGCUACCUCCACAAGCACAACCACAAAUAUAUUUGGAGGCGCGGCAGCGGCAGCCUCUUCAGGACCAUCUUUGUUUGGCUCCACUGCCCCAGCAAUGGCAGCUGCAGCAGGCACACCCAACACAGGUUCCAUAUUUGGAUCAAAUACAACAGCAAGUCCAGCAGCCCCCACAGGUGGUAGCAUAUUUGGAGGUAUACCCAAACCAGACCAAUCGGUAUUUGGCAGUGUCGCAGGGGCAGCAUCACCGCCGGCUACGGGACUGUUUGCAGCAGCUGCUGCCGCCACAAAGCCGCCAGCGGGAAAUAUUUUCGGUGGUGGGGCAGCAACAAACACCGGAUUUGGCACUGCAGCUAGUGGUGGCUCUAUCUUUGGCGGUGGUGGUGGUGCUGCUGCUGCACCCACCAGUCCCUUUGGGGCACCGGCUAACGCCAACACUGCAGGCUCCAUAUUUGGAGGUGCUGCAGCUACCAAGCCCGCCGAGGGAGGCAAUAUAUUUGGCUCGCCCACUCAACAGUCACCCUCAAGUGGUGGCUCCAUAUUUGGCAAAAGUUCCUUUGGUCAAACUGCAGCUUCCCCCCAAUCCGCCGGCAGUAUAUUUGGUGGCGGUACCACCAAUCAAAGUUCUACCAGUCCUUUUGGUGCCCCAGCUGGUGGAUCCAUUUUUGGGGGAGCCACUACAAACAACUCCUCCUCGGGGGGCUCUAUCUUUGGUGGGGCAUCUACGGCCCCCGCCUUUGGUUCCACAACAGCAUCAUCAGGUUUUGGUUCUUUCUCACAGCCUUCCAAUGCCCCCGCCUUUGGUUCACCAAGUGGAGGUUUUGGAGCAGCACCUGCGGCAAAUGCUUUUGGCUCCCCUCAACAACAGUCGGCCUUUGCAAAGCCAGUUUUUGGUGGUCCCCCCACAUUUGGCAGUCCUCCCGCUUUUGGUGCUCAACCCACAUUCGGUGGAGCACCUACAUUUGGCAGUCCUAAAGGUUUUGGAUCAUUUGCGGCCACAUCACCUGCUGGCAGUGUUGGUUUUGGAGGUGUUGCAAAUCCCGCAGCUGCCCAAGCACCCAAGGGAAAUAUUUUCGAAACUUUGGGCUCAACUGAUACUGGUUUGUCAUUUGGAAAUUUGGCUCAAUCGACGCAGCCACCUAACCAACAGAAGCCUGCUUUUGGCGGUUCAUCCUUCAUGAGUUAUCGUUAGUCUGUUAGAUGUUAAGUGUAAAGUAUUUAAUUUUAUUUCAAAAUAAAAAAUAAAA